CUAAGAAUGAACACACGCACCUGGUCAAAAUAUUAUAUUCGAGUGAGUUAUUAUAAGUUAUAAGUACCUAACAUAGUUAGCCUUGUCCCGAAAAUUAUACCAAAAUUUGAGAUGUAGAAAUAAUACGUAAGAUAUAACCUUCGACUGGGUAUUUAUUAUUUUUGAUUUUUUUUUUUUCAACAAGUUUAGACUCCGUUUAAAGUGGGGUGCAAGGUCUUGAGCAAUAUACUAUAAAAUUAUAUAUAGGUAUGACCGUGAAGAGAUCAAUAUUUAUUUUUUCUUAUUUAUAUAUUAUCACAAUAAUGUGCACUUCACUUUUUAUGAUAUUAAUUCAUGUAUUUAUUUAAGCGCGAUAUUAAAAAUCAAGCGUUUUCAUUAAUACCUAUAUUAUGAUUAAUACCUUUUUAACUCAAUGGAGUAGCAAUAAGAAAUAAACCAACGGAUUAUUAUUUUAAAUCGAAGGUGCUAACUAUGGGCAUUGGUGAAUUUCGAGGGGAAGGAACGUAACGAGGAAAUUAACCCCCUUGGACUUCUUUUUUAUUAAUUGUUAUCAAAUGGAACUUGUAGAUGAUAAAGAUAUGGAUAUUCUUAUCUUAUUGAAGUGUUCCAAGAUCGGUUUAUAAAGUGAGGUGAUUUUUUUCUUUUCUUUUUUUUUUAGAUUUCGAAUGUAGUAAGGUUAUAGGUAACAGCUAUUGGUUUCACAAUACUGUUUAUUCUUCUUCAUUUUUUUUGUUCUUUGUCCUAGUCUGUGGACACGUUUCUUCCUAGUAAACUUGCUCCGAUUUUUACGUCUAGUAACUUUAAUGAAAGCUCAAGUUGUCUAGAUGGUACUUUAAACAGGUCAUUUUUUGAUUUUCGACGCCAUUUUUUAAAUAAAAGUACUUAAGUGGGAAAGACGUAGGAAAACGUACAAUUUCACGAUUUCAUUGUUAUAAAAACACAAACGACGUUUUCUAACAGAAAAAAUUAUUUAAUCGAAAAAUCACAAAAUACCAAUUUCGUUUCCUUUUUGAUUUACUUUAUUAAAUUAUCAUCUAUAUUACUUUGUUACUUUAUUAUCGCCAAAACUUUUAAGCCACUUUUGUGCUUUUAAGGAAUUCUAAUUUUUGGGAGUUUUUUGCUGUAAUCCGGUUAUAAAUACACGUAGAGACUUGAAACUUAGACUUAGACUUAGAACACUUACAUUGGAUACACCUAGACGUGAUAAAAUUUCCAAAAUUAUCGGACGACUUUCUUUUUUUUUUAAUAAGCGUUUUGAAAUCAAAUUUAAACGAAAAUCGCAAAAAAAAAAAAUUACUGUAAUUUAAAUUAUGUAUUACCGAACUGCGCUCGGAAUCAUCUUUCGUCAAGCAAUGGUUUAUCGUUGCUUACAGAUAUAAAAGAAAUAACCUUAUUUAUCUUACCUUCCCAACUUCUCACCUACAAUAGUGACCGUUUCCAUCUCCAGUAUCAGCUCUUUAGAUAUACUUUUUUUAUUUGUGGUGAUAACAGUUGUUCGACCCUCAGGAACAUAUUUACAUAAAUGUCCUUUCCAUUUUUUAUUAUCUAUGCUGGAAUUUAACCGUCGAUUGUGUAUAUAUUUGACAGUUGUUUUCACAAUAAUAAGAAUUAAUAUAUUACGACCACAGAUUAAUUACAUUAAUGAUUUCCAAAAUAUUUUGCAAAUUUUACCACGUCUAGAAAAAUCUAUUAUUAGAUAAACAAACUACAACAAUAGAACAAAAUCAAAAAUAAUAAAAUCGUUAAUGCCAUAAAGAGUCUCGUUUGUCCUUUGUUUUUUCCAUUACUUAUUAUGAAAAUUGUUCGAAAAAUAAAAAAAAUAACCUCCUUAAAGUAUCAAUUAGGUCCAAAAUUCCACGAAAAAGUUCUCGCGGUUUUUCGAUCAGUGCAAGAUUUUUUAGUAGAAAAGUUGUUUACAGAUAUAAACAAAAUUCACACUUAUCAUAGUAAAACCAUUUUAAUAUUAAAGUAAAUCAAGUGUAUUAAAUUGCAUGUAUAUUAUAUUGUAUACAAAUGGACUCCCGAUUUUUUUUUUCAGUUUACCCCUCCCUUAAAUUAGCUUUAGAUCUUCUACUGGCUGUGAAACUCAGGAAAUUAAUCACAUAUUCUUGCACCUUUCAUUUACGUAAAGUUGAUUAUACAUACCUACUUUGUCGUAGUGCUAUAGUGUUAUAACAUUAUUAUACAUUUUUACUUUCUAUCAUCAUAUCAACUGCGUGCCUACUCAUCAAUUGUUAUGCAAUUUAUCAAUGAGGUUUUCCGUAUUAUGUAUCCACAUACUUAUUCCGAUGUUCAUCGAGUAACAAUAGUGUUCGGUGAUUUCGACAAUCUCCAUUGACAACGAUGUCAAAUGAUAUUUAACGUCGUCCGCGCGAUUACUGAACGUCAGUCCCUCGUGGUACGUUCUCAACGACAGUUUGAUCAUCAACGAAACAACGAAAACGGUCGACAUAUAAAAAAUACAACUUAUUACCACAUUAAUUGUCGGUGUCAAUGACGCGGUGUUGAAACCCGGAUUCGAUUCCACUAUAAAUAAUAAUAAUAAUAAUAAUAAUAAUAAUUACAAUGAUAAUAUCUAUUUAAAUGUGCUAAAAGAGUUGUGCAAUCUGAACGAAAUUGUGUAUAAUAUUCGACGAACACGUCGUGGAAAAUAAUUCAUUAUCAUUUUACGAUUUUUACGAUAUAAUUUAAUUGUUGAAUUAAAAAAACACCCGUACAUAGAGAAACGAAUUCGGAAGGCGGAUUGUUUUUUUACAGGAAAUAUCGUAUUUCAUAUUAUGACGUCGUUGUGUUUGAUUUUUUGCGAUUGCUUACCUAUUAAAGUUAUUCACUAUUUUAAUAAUUGUAUUUCGUUCUGUAUGUCCAAUAAUUUUUUAGUGAGUAUAACGAGCGGUCGUUUUUUUUUCUUUAUCAUCCGAGUGAUAUAAAGUAAGAGUGUAUUAAAAUCGCGUAUUUUUAAAACUGGUUUUUUAUUAGCGGUCACUUGUAUUAUAAAUUCUAGGACAUACAAGUUACAGGGUGAUCCACUUAUCGCGAAACAACAAUUUUUCGGGGGAAUUUUAACUAAUUUGAUUUUUGGUUUUUUUUUUCAAUAAUUAUUUUGAAAUCGUUUGAGAUUUUAAAAAUAAAACAACGUAUGCUUAUGUUUACAAGAAAAAAAUUGGUGAUAUUUGUUGUAAGUACUUACUUGAAUGAUAAAUGUAACCAGAUUUGCAGAGUAAAACCAAAAUAUCAAAUUUUAGUAACAUUUUUUACAUAUUAUAUGCAAGUAUACAUUAAAUAGCUUUUGUCAAAUUGAUACUUUCAUUUGGUUAUUUUUUUCACUGACGAUUUUUUUUUUUUUUUUUAACUGUUUAAAUUCAAAUUUUUUAUUGUUCAGUAUAAUUUAUUAUUAUUAUAAUUUAACCGUGUAACAUGUAUAUUAUUAUUAUAAAUAUUAUUAUUCUGCUAAUAAUAAAUAAAAAUUGUGUAGCGCGUUGAAUGAUAAAUAGUCAGAUAUUACAAAAAAAAAAAAAUACUUGCGAAUACUUAAAUAGUUAUAGGGCCCGAGACUUACCUUAUUAUCAAGGCCCCAAGAUCCUAGUAGCACCACUAAUAAUAUAUCUCUCUAAUUCUAUCCAUUUUAUAUAUCACUCUGCUUAAAUUUCACCAGUUUUUCUCUAAAAAGAUUAUAAAAAAAAUGAUCUACCUACUUAUUUAUUUAACGACGAUAGUGGCUAUCAUGCUAUUCAUUUGAUAAAAAUUGUUUACUUACUUUGAAAAUCUGGUUCGAUGAAUUGCGAACGGAAAAAUUAACGAAAUGAGUUAUGUUUAUUUUUGUUUUCAUCAUCCUAUUAUUUACUUGACAACCGUGUGAGACAUCCUGGAUUAUAUAUAUAUUAAAAAAAAAAUAAUAAUAAAAAUAAUACGUUUAACUAUAUAUCACCAAUUGUUUAAUUGCAGUUUAGAUGCAGAAUUUAUCGUCGUUCUUUACGAGGGUCAUGACCACAGUUAAUUGAUGAUAAUUAAUAACGGCCAGUUUAUCUUUUGCCUAAAUGACGUGAGUAAUGAAAUGCAUUAUACGAUGAAAAGCUAUACAUAUACACAAACACACAUAAAAUAAACUUGUGUUAAUUAAUAUUGUUAAUAACAAUAAAAUUAUUAAUUUGCUACAGCAAAUUUGUGCGAAUGAACAAAAUAAUAUAAUUGAGGGCGUGCAAUUUUUUAAUAUUUUUCUCAUAUAUAUAUAAUAUCAUAUAUUAUAUUUUUGCGAGUUAACUGUUGUUGUGGAAUGUACAUACUUGUUUACUUAUACCAAUUUUUUGAUUGGUAAAAAAAUAUUAGCGUACAAAAUAAUAAUAAGAAAAAAAAAACAGAUAUUUAAAGUGAUUAUCAUAAAACCGUAAUAAUUUUAUUUGGUAUAACAAGUAUUACAGAUAGGUAGUUAUGUAUACAUAUGAAAAAAAUCUGUCUCAGAUAAUAAUGACUAUCGUUGAGUUUUUUUUAUACUUUUCGUUCAGAAGUAGUACUCAAGAGUCAAGAUCAUUAUUGAGACAUAUCGUAUAAAAUGUUAAGAGGGACUAUAGAAUUGAAGUACCAUAGGCGUAUAUAUAAUUUUAGCAAAAAGCAAAACAAAUAUACUAGUAAAAAUAAUUUAUAUAUUUGUAUGACCAACCAAAUAAAAAUUAAGUAAAAAAACUCGUAAAAUUAAAAUGCUUAUAAAUUAUAAAUAUAAAUAUGUUUAAAAUUGUACCACAUCUAGAAAAUGCAAUUUUAAUUUUUCUGUCUAAGUUUCAAGUCUAAACGAAUAUUUUAAAAUCUUUUUCAAUAAAAAAACAAAAUUAAAAAUAAUAAAAGCAUUAUUUUCGGAAAUUUUCCGGUUUUCCAAAUUAUUAUGAAAAAUGAUCAGAAAAUAACAUGACUUCUUUAAAAUACCAACUAGAUAAAAUUUCCUUUUAGAAAUGUUAUUAUACUUGAAAAUUUCAGCAAGUUUUUUGGUAGACAGUGUAAAAAAAAAAAUAUGUCCUAGGAUAAUGGGGAUGGGUGCAACCACUGUAAUCAACGAUAAACCAUUGCAUACGAAAAAAUGAUUCUGAGCGAAGUUUAGUUGAUAGUGAUGGUUUAUCAACAAUAUAUAUGCCAUAUUAUAGUAAAAUAAUUUUGUAUGCUCUAUAUAUUUUCUUUAAUAAUAUUAGUUCAAUGUUGUAUCGUUUUCCUCGGUUUUUCUAUGUUUUUUUCAAUUUUCCCAGUUUUUCAUAUUUGCUGAGAAAACUGUGGAGAAAAUCGAUAAAUAACCUCUAAAAAGUACCAUUCCACACCGAUUUCGUUUCAGAAAAAGUACUAGACUUAGAAAUCCGAACAAGUCUUCUUUUACAAAAGUUGUUCACAGAUAAAAAAAAAAAAAAACAUCUUUGUAAAACUAUAAGCUUCUUCGCUCCACUAAGAAUUUUAAAUUGUAUUGUUUGGUCUCAGCGGUGGAUAGUUUUAGUUUUCUCUCAACAAAAUUUAUCAGUCUGGAAACUUUUCACGCAACAGAGGGAUUGUUUCUCUGGAUUGAUUCUCUGGGAUUGAUUUCGAGGAUAUCCAGACCUCUUUUUUCGUCUAUUAAACCAUAUUUUUCGAAUUUUUUAACUAUCCCAUAAACAAUUUAUUUGUUCUACGACCGAGUAUUAUACAAAGUUUUCGAACAGACACGCAAAACUUUCACAAUCGUGUAAUAUGUUUUUGUAAUUAAAACAUAAUCUUUUGUUGUGCACUUUUCUGUGCCGAUUACAAUACGUAUACAGUUAUACGCCGCAGUGCAGUAAAUAUUUGUCAGUUUUUCUUAAAAAUGUUUUCUGGUUUUCACAAUUAUCAUAGAAAAUCAGAAAAUGAUCUUCUCAACGCACCAACAAGAUCACAAAUUUAAUUAAAACUAUCUCUUGGCAUAUUUUGAUUGAUAAUACUUUUAGCUAAAACCUAUAUUUCGUACAUUUUUCAGUGUUUUUCAGAUUUUUAGAUUUGUUGAGAAAAAUCUUGAGAAAAUCGAAAAAUGACCUCUCUAAGGUACCUUUCCACACCGAUAUCUUUUCAGAAAAGUUGCUACACUUAAAAGUCGGAGGAUCUGUCCAUUGGUAGAAAAGUUGUCCACGGAAAAAAACAUAUUUGUAAAACCAUAAACUUCUUCGCUCCACUCAGAAUCUAAAAAUAAUAAUGAUAAAUAUCAUUGUUACAAUACAUGCGUUGUUCGUUCAGUUCUUUUGAUAGUUUUUAAAUUUUGUAUAAUAUGGUUUUAUAACUAUUAGUUACUAUUUUUGUUGACAAAAAUUAAACAUUUUAAAUUUUAAUCGGCAAACUUAAAAAUGUGUAAUCUUUAACACCCCUCCUUGAUUUUUUUUAAUAAAAAUGUACAAUCUUUGAUUUAUAUAUAUAUAUAUAUAUUUAUAUUUAAUGAUAAUUAAUUUCCCCUUCAUUUAUAUGUGCCAUAUAUUAGUACCUACUUACUUAUAUUCAAAUAUUAAACAGAAUUACUUUCAAUUUACGAAAAUCAAAGAUCAAAAUUGAACGGUCAGAGUGGGUUUAAAAAUAAUUAUUUCCAUCAUCACAGAGUACAAUAUUUAUAUUUAGGGGUCUUGUCACAACAUUUUUGUUUUCUCUGUCUGUCUUACGCAUAAUAUCGUAGCACAAGCAUUUCGUACUUCGAAAUUGACCGCACUGGGCCUCGAUACAUUCCGGCUCUGCACACUGCGUAUAUUCUACCUGUGAGAAGUAUCAACUAUUUAUACUUUGAAACCAUUUUUGUAUUAUAAGAAAGGAUAAAAAUUAAUAAAUUCUCACCCAAAAUUUCUUCAAAAAGGAAAAUAACUAUUAUUGUUAGUUUCUCUUCGUCAAAUUGGUAUGUUUAGGUUUCAUAAUAUAUAUUAUGUUUUUUAUGUACAUGGAACAAAUUAUAGAAGCUGUGUGCCUAUGGCGGAGGUUAGUGGAUAGUAGAUACCCCAAUAACUACCCCGAAAUUACGUUACUGAUUUAGGCAUCCUUUUAAGUGGUAACUACAACUGCCCCAGAAGAGUAGCCAGGGUAUGAGCCUGAGUAUGAAUUACGUAUAUAAUCUAAAGCUAGGUAUCGUAGAAAUUUACUAUUCUGUAUUUCUAACAAGUAAUAUAUGUAGUAAAAUUGUAUUACAUAAAGUGUUUGAAUUGUGGAUGCUCACAGGAGGACUCGCUCUCCGCAGAAUACCACUUAUUUUCUUUAAAUAUUUUAGCGUACCAUUUCUAAUGUUUUUUAAUUGUUUUAAUUAAGUUGGAUUCAAUAAUUACAAGGUAUGCUACUAUUUUUCAAGCCUCAUAGUACGCGUUCUUUUAUUUUUCCAAUGUAAGCACUGAUUACAUCAUUAAAAGUCUGCUGAUUAAGUCGGUAACUAAUUGUCUUAAAUUAUUCUCUCAAAGUCUCAUUGUAAAAUUUAUAUUCUAAAUUUGAAAUGAAUCACCCAAUUGAUAUUCACUGAAAACAUAAACUCAAUUCAAAAAUACUAAUUUUAAUACAAUAUGGUUUUUAUUCAUACUUCGUUCAUACAUUUUGAACUUUGAACAGAUGAAAGACGUGCCGAUAAUUUGAAUCACAUAUUAUUUUAGCGACCAGUCGAUGUUUGAGACGCACGGUUUGCGCACGCAUGAAUAGACCUAUUGCAUAUUUAUCCAAACAACUAUUUGCCAAGCUAAUUUAUAUUAUUAUAUAAUUAAUUCAUGAUUAAUUUAUACUUUUUUCGGUUUUCUCAUGUGCAGAUAACGUGUCUUAUCAGGCAAUCCUACUCGGGUCAUCGCUUAUGUUAUGCGCUUCAAAUUAUUUACAUGGGCGAUUACCAUGGCCAUGGCUAUGGGCUUUAGCUAAGCUAUGGCUCUAUUUAUUAUAUGUGAUAUAUGGCUCAAACAUUGGAGUGAGAAAAAAAAUUUGAUCCUAAUACGAAAAACUUAAAGGGAAUAGGGAUUCUUAUUCGAUUUAAGCGUAAAUUAAUAAAAUUAGAUAUAAUACCAGAAUAGAUCCAGAAUUGAAUUUUGGGGAAGAGGCUUGUUCUAAAAAAUUACUACUAAGCAAAAAAAAAAAAAAAAAGAUGAUACUGGGAUUGGUUAUAACUGAUGUUGUAGGUAGGUAUGGCAAUUUCAUUGUAAAUAUUGAUGUACCGAUGUGUGCCUUUCAAAUCGUUGAUGUUGAGAAUAUCGAAAGUUUAAAUAGAAAAACUAAUAGCCAUUUAGCCUUCAGGAAUCAUAAUAGUUCGUCUUACUGUAUGUAUUAAUACUCGUGAACAUCGAAGACAAGCAGCAUCAAAAUUACAUGAAAAAUAACUGAUAGACAAAUACCUAAAUUAAAACAUCGGCAUAUAAAGCUUUAACAUCGAUACGAAAUAUCGAAACUAACCAUGUCAAGCAUUGAUUAUUUUAGCUUUAAUCGACGUUUCAAAAGUAUCGAUAUGUGAUUGCCAUCACUAGUUGUAGGUAGGAAUUUGAGAAGGUAGGUUCACAGGAAGAAAAGAAAAUAAAAUAUAAAAAUAUGUAGAUCAUAGUACAAUCGAUACAUUAAAUUAUGCAUUGAUGUGACGAAUAUUCACCGCUCCACUUUUUUUUCUUGAAAAUCUUGUAUUAUGUAUGCAUUAAACAAUUAAAUAUUUGUGAAAGUAAAAAUUGUGUACAGUUUUUAGGGUGGGGGGCGAGGCCCUUUGUAUAAGUAAGUAUACAUAAAUGUAAUUAUUAUUUCUAACAGUUUAAAGUUUUACUUUGUAUAAAUAUUUCAGAACAGACCAUAAUGAAAUAGCUAGGGGGGUUGUAGUCAGAAUACAGACGGGUAAUAAGUGUUACUAUGGGUUAGCAAAGAUAUUAGGCUCCCGAUUACUAUCUAAAAAACUAAAAAAGCGUACUAAUAAAAAUUAUAUACAACACUGAUCCGUCCUGUAAUCUAGAAAUUUUUUUGAAAUUUUUGUGUUAAAAUUUUUGAUUACAAUCAACCCUUUGACGAGAUAUUUCACUUUUAAGUUUAGUAAGGGGAGAGUAGUGGAGUGUCAUUUAUGUGGUGGCACGAGUAUCGGUGUUUUAUAAAUUCGCAUCUACUCUCCCCCUACCUAAACUAUAUAUCUCGUUAUAUCUCGUUCACGGGUUGACAGGAAUUAAAAAUGUUAACACCAGUUUUUAGUUAGCAAUGGUUUAUCGUAGGUUACAAGUAUAAAUUAAAUAAUCCAAUGUGUCCCAUCUUCCUAACUACCCACCUAUAAAAAUAGCUGCACCCGUCCUCAGUUCUUACUUUUUAUUGUUACUUCACAGUUAUUUUUUAUCACCUAUAUUUUCGGGGGGAAAGUUACUACCUGCUAUUGGUUUUUCAGUAGCAAUCUAUAUUAUAUAAUUUAUAAAUAGACGGAAUUUUAGUUUGAAUCAAUUUGUAUGUUGACAUUUUAAAUUUCCGUCAAUCCAUUGACGAGAUAUUACAAUUUAAGUUUGUCGUUUUGUGGAUAGAGGAAUAGUAAUGGAGCACUACCUACUUAAACCGUUUAUUUCACAUUUCCACACAAAUAAUGUUCUACUAUAUUUUCUUUUUACCAAAACUUCAAAGUGCAGUAUCUCUAGUAUCUCGUUAACGAGUCAACGGAAAUUCCAAACGCCAAAAUGUAUACAAACUAAAACUUCGUAUACUUAAGAAUUUUUGAAUAAAAAUGGCGAAUAGCUAUUUAAAAAUCCAAAAUUGAGUAGGUUAAUCUUAAGUAAAUUACUUUUAAAAAUAAUGGAAAACGUAACAUUUUAGUGUCGCUGAUUUCAUAACUUGUCUAAGAAAUAAUUUUAAUACUUUCGGAGAUAAAUAUAGUGUCUUAUCGAGUAUUGAUCACUCUGUAUACCAAUAUGUCUGAUAUGCAAUAAUUUAUGUAAAACAAUAGUCAUAACGAUUGUUUUUUUUUUUUGCACAAAAAAGUAAUUACGUCUUUUUUGUACUAACAAUCAAUAUGAGAGAUAUAUUAUAGUAAAAAAUAAUAAAACCGUCUGCAGACGCUAUUAUAAUAACAUAAGGUAAGUGAAAAUAAAUUUUUCAAGUUUGCCCUUGAUUCGACUAAAUGAGAAAAAACAACCACUGAAGAGUGUUAUUUAAUGGCUUUAAUUACAACUCAUUGAACAUCUGCGCAUAAGCCCAGCAGUAUGGAUGUACAAUAGCAUGCAAAUUUUAUUGAACUCAACCACAAAUAAAAAGAUACAUAUUAUUACUAUCGCAUACUACUGACCCGCGGAAUGUCGCGUUCAGUAUCCGACUAGCGUCGAAUAAGGUGCAGGAGUAUCCUCUGUCAAACACGUUUUCUAUUCCCAAUUCAAGCGUGAGUACAUUUUCUAGGGUUUUUUUUUUUUUUUGUUGUUUUUCAUAAUAAUAAUAUUAUUUUAAUAACAAUUAUAUACUUAACAAUUUUUUACUAACUAUUAGUACCUAGAUUAUAUAUUUAUUUUUUCCAUCAUAUUGAAAACUGCGUAUUAUUAUUUUUUUUCAAGUUUAAUAUUAUCAUAUCUGACGUAUAUAUAUAUAUAUAUAUAUACAAAGAAGUAGGCACGUAGUCUUCAUUAUAACAUAAUUAUUUGAAAAAAUAAAAAAAAAAAUAAAACUAUUUUGUAAUAUUAUACAAUACGUAUACGCAUAAUUUUAACAUUCGUUCGACGUUGUUCAACAUUGUAAAAUCAUACUUUUAUUGUCCGCGUUUUUAUGCGCUAUUGAUAUUGAUAUUUCCUACGACGCUUAACUCGAUAAUUAUAUAUUACACAAUGGUUUUAAAUUUACACACAAACAUAUAUGUAUGUGUGUACAUAAACUUUUUUAUUAUAUUUUAACGAAAGUGGACAUCUCGGUCUUAUAUUUACACGGUGCCGUGUUUUUAUAAACGAUUUUGUAUUUAAAAAGAAUUAUAAUAAUUGCAUUAUUUUAUAACGGCGGGCACGCACGCACGGCGCCACACGGCUAUAAUAGUAAUAACAAUAGUUUAUAAUUCAUACGCGAAUUAUGACUUAUCAAAACGUUUGCACGGCCCAUGAUUUCAUCUAGGCUCGACUCGGCUUCAUUUCGCCCGCAGCGCAUUCGCAUUAACCCCCCACGUCACUACUAUGUAGCGAUGUGCGUGUAUUUAACGUUGCCCUUUGUGCAAUCGGCGAUUCUAUUCAUUUUGAAAACAUAUUAUUAAACAAUCGAAAUCUUUAGCAAACCCUUGAACAUUAUUAUAACCGUUUUACUAACCUCUAAUGCUUUUUUUCGACUUUCCUUGGGCGGUGUCACGCCAUUUUUCAUCCACUUUCCGCGGUCCAAUCAAUCUGAAAUUUUGCAUGCGCUCAUAUUUACAUGCACUCGCGUGUUUUUUUUUGUUUUUCUCUAGUCCGAAAUGCUUGGUUGUUAGAUAUGUCCACUGUUUGACUUAUUUUCGAUUAAAUAGAACAAAUUAUUAUCAUUAUUUUUUUAUAUUUUUAACAUAAUGCGUAUAAUUACAUAUUUAGAUUUUCAACAAUUUUAUGAAUUGUAAAUGGUAUUUUUUUGAUGUAUAAGUCCGUAAUUUUUGUUUUAUUUGUCGAAUUGUCAUAAAUAUUAACUAAUAUUAUUACAUUAGCCUUAUCUUGUAUACAUUACCUAUACAUUAUUUAACGACAUAUAUUGUGGUGCAGUACAAAGAAAGAUACUAACAAACGAUAACAAUAUCGAAAAAUGAUUAUUUUUCAUUGGUACGAUUUGUGUUGCCAUGUAGGAACAUACAUUUAUAUAUUUGGUAGUAAUAAAAAAUUAGUUUUUGCAUAUUUUGGUAAAUAUAAUGUAUAUUUUAUAAUUUCCUAUUGCAUAUGAAUCCUAAUAAUCAGAUUUUCCGUUUUCAUCUCCAUUUUAAAUAAGUGUCAAAAAUCGAAAAUAACAAAUUUCACAACAAAUUCACAACUUUCCGUAAUUCCUACGUUUCCCUCCUCCUCCCAAUUUCUCAAAACUACAGGGAAAAUCAAAAAAUAGCUAUCAUACACAAACAUAUUAGACAACAUUUUCUUUCUAAUAUACUACACUUGAAAAUCUUAGCAGGAUUUUAAUAAAAAAACAAAAUUGAAAAUAUGUUCGUUAACACAGUAAAUUUGCCCGUUUUUUUUAUACUUUUGUUCCGGAUUUUGACAAAUAUUUUAAAAAUUAUUUGAAAAAAAAAACAAUCUUGACAUGCAUCAACUCGAUCCAAAAUGUAACAAAAGAGGUCUCAAAAGUAAUCUUCUUUCAUUAAAAAAAAAAAAAAAAAAAAUGAUAGGAGACGUUGUAUUUUAAAACUAGUUAGUGCAUGUCAGAGAUCAUUUUUGAUUUUUUUAAGUGGUUUUCAUAAUAAUUGGAAAAACAUAGGAAAAAGGGAAAGUUAUUUUUUUCGUUAUUAUUCGGUUAAAAAUAAUCAUAAUGAUCUAACAGUUUAACAGAAUAAACAUGAUUUUUUAUAGACGUGGUAAUAUUUUCAAAAUAUUUUAGUAAUCUCUAUGCUAUUUAUUUAGAUUUGAAGUUUUUCGAGUUUUUUUUUAGUUUUUCUUUAGUUUAUUAAAUUUACGGCGUUGGUGAUUCAAUUUUUUAACAUUUUUUCGAUUUUAUUUUUUAACAGAGGUCUUGCAUCAAAAUGCAUGUAUAGCGUAUUUUCUUAAAAAUAAUUAUUAUCUGGUUGGUAUGUCGAUUUUGAGUAGUCGUUUUCUCAAAAUUUAGAAAAAAACGGGGGAAAAAACGUAGAGAAAACAGGACAAGAUACGGAAAGGAAAUUUAGGAUGGGAAGUCAUUGACGAUUUAUUAUUCUAUAUUAUGUUUUUUUUGUUAUAGUCCGGUUAAAAAUAAUCAUAGGCAUUUGACAUUUUCACAGAAUUUCUACUCGUAUAUUUGCAAUUUUUGAGGCAUUUGACAUUUUCGAGUUUUUUUUCUUUAGUUUUUAUUCGUUUUAAUGUGGAUACAAUUUGUUGACCGAACAAAAAUGCUUGACAAAUUAAUGAAAGAUACAUUACAGGCAUUUAGUGGUAAAAAUAAAAAAGUGUGUAUACUGGGGACGGGUGUGCCAUUGUUGUUGGUAAGAAAUUGGGAAGGUAGGAUACGUAAAGUUAUUUAAUUUUUUGUUAGAAUCAAAUUUCGUUGUUUACAAAUAAUAUAAUUAAAUAAUUGAAAAUUUCCAAAAACCUUCUACACUCUUCACUUAAAACGGUGGCGUAACCAUCAUCAGUAUUGACUUUUUUUUCCUUAUCUAUAUUUAUAUUUGUUUGAACAAAUUAUGCAAAUAAACUUGUGCAAAACAAACAGUGUAGUAAUAAUAUAGGCACCUACUGUAUGAUAGAGUAAUGAAAGCAAUACCCAACUAAAUAUAAAGUUAUUAUACGGAUAACAAUAUAUAAGAUAGGUACCUAUAUUAUUAUUUUUUAAAAAUAUUUUUCGACGCGAGCAAAUAUUAUUACUACUUCAAUAUAAGUAACAUUUCAGUUUUUAUAAUAUAUGAAUAAUAAAAAUAUAACGUGUAUCAUACAUCAUUUGUUUUUUUUAUUUUUUAUUACUUUUAAUGUUUAUAUUCACGCGUUCACUACAACGUGUAGAUAUAUGUUAUAUACUUAUAUAUUUUUUUUCAUCCGUUUCAUUUGCGUUGAAAUAAUUUGAUUUGCCGGAGAUUUUCUUAAACAAAUAUCUAUACGUGUAUAAUAUAUAAUAUGCAUGUGACGGUGUAAAAAAAAAAAAAAUGUAACACGUGAAGACAAUUUAAAACGUUUAAUCAAGUGAAAGAUAAUAAUACUGCAUAGGUACAUGGCAAUGUUAUACUUAUGAGUUGAUACUAUACACUUGUUUCGAUAGUAAAAAUCUUCAAACGGACCUUAAAUGAAUGAUUAUGAUUUCCCAUUAUAUAUAUAAUGGUUAGUAUAUCGGGCUAAAAAUUUAUUGUGACAGUUUGAAUAAAAUUGUUGGAAGCCGUUCAUUAAUACUAGAAAAGUGUAUAUAGUAUUACAUACAAGUAUCUAGUAAUAUAGUGAUAUUUAUUGAAGAGUGAAAAGUGACAAGUGAAUUUUGUUUUGUCCCGUUUAAGACACGUAAUUAAAAUCUAUAUGCAAACAUAAUAUUAAAUAUUAUUAAACGCAUGGUAGAAAGAAAAAGAAAAAUGAUUCGUUAUAGGUAACUAUACGUAUACCUACUAUAAAUUAUUGGAAUUUAACCGAAUUAUAAAUCCGUACUUUUUGUUUUAUUUUUAUAUUUUUAUAAAAUACAAUUAUUAUGUAUUUUGAAAUUCGUUUUUAACUGCAGGUUGCAAUGUGUUUUAAAUUGUCAUACAUUUUUAAAAGAUUUUAAACGUUCGACCAUUUAAAUAUCUUCUGAAGAAUGACAAUAUUUUAUAGUUAUUGUCAUUCCUAUUAAUUUUGAAAGUAUAAGUGAAAAUAAACAGUUCCUAUUAUAUUAUGGUACUUACAUAAAAUAAUGUUUAACGUAUAACGUAAAAACAUGUUUUUAACAAAAUAGAUAGAUUCGUUUUGCAAUCCUGUUUUUGAGAAUACACAGUGACUUUUAUAUAUGUUUUUCAAUUUCGUCGAGUAUGGCAUAACUUUAAAAAUUUUAAUUAUGUAUCCAAGUAAUAUUUCCGUAGUAAACUAAUGAUUGCAUUGAAUUUAGAGUUGUUGGCAAUUUUAGCAAGGAGAAGGAUUUGUUGAAUUUGUUGAAUACCUUUCUAUAAUAAAAUCGUAGUUUUUAUCUUCGUAAAAACAAAUAAAACACAAAAUAUUAUUACGAUUUAUUGAAUUGGAAUAAAAGCUAGCGCGCAACAAAUAAUUGUAUUACUAUUAUUUUUCUUUUAAAUUCAAUAAUUUGCUACCGGUAGGACGAAAACAAGCCUUUUUGUUACAAGAAUUUUUUUCUCAAAUUUCGCAGAAUUACUCAUAAUAUUAUUUGAUAUGGAUGCAUAGAGUAUACCUAAUUUAGUAGUAUAAUAUAAUGUUUUUCUGUUAAUUCUGAGCGAUAUGUGUAUUUAUUUUAAACGAUUGACAUUAUAAUAUUUUGUAUAGUGUCAUGACGCAUUAUAAAAGGGAUUAAAUGCAACCGAUAUUAUAAAAGAACAGCAAAACUCAACUAAAAAAUUUUAAUUUUUUAAAAUCUUACUUGAAUUAAUGUUUAAAUUGUAUAGCGGUCUCACAAGUAGGCCAAAUUCAGGCGGUUUUUGAACGGCUCGUGAAUGCCUGUACGUUCGACGAUUAACAAUCGCAGAUUAUUACGAUCGUUAGGAAUUUUAAAAUUUCCUGACUAUGGCAUCAAAUGAAAACUGCCCUACAGGUAAAUUAUUGACACGGAAAUAAAAAACAAAACAUUACAAUAAUAUUAUAAUUUCGUUUUGUACAGGAGGUACAGGGGCAGUUUUUAAACAUAACGGCUUCAAUACCAAUAAUAAUAAUAAUAAUCCAAAGAAAAAAGAACCGAUAAUCAAGGACAAUGCUUUACUCAAUGCUGAUGAAGACGACGAAAUGGUUAGUGAAAAUUCAAGAUUAUAUUAUAUAAAUAUUCGCUAAAAUUGUACGUCUAACCUAUUUAAGUAAAAAUUAAUUGUUAUUUUAAAACAUGUGUAUUUAUAAUAUAUUACGUAAAAUAUGCACCGUAAUAUGUACUUGAUAUUUUACGUUUUUUUAUCCGUCACAUACAUACAAAUAAUAAAAGAAUAUUAUAUUUCGGUAUUUAAAAAUCAUUGAAUUGAUUUAUAUUAUCGUUAAUUUAUAAACAAGGAUACAUAUUGUUUUGAUGGAUGUUCAAUAAAGAAUAUUAAAUAUUGUACAUAACGAAAUGUUAAUAUAAGAGUCUUAUAUUGAUUUUAUACCAAAUAAUAAUUCCAUUUAAAAUAUUUCCGAAUUCCAGGAGAUUUAUGGAUACAAGAGGAGUGGACCAAUGACAGUAUUUAUAUGGAUUCUAUAUGUUUUUACUUUGGGAUUCGUUCGGUUAUUGUUUCAUUGGUGGCCCCAUUGGGUCGUGUAUGCCAUGUUCAAGAGAUGUCCACUCAAUGAAGCAGAACGUGUGCUUAUAGUGGUAAGUUACCAAAAAUAAUAUUAGUAAACAUAAAUAUACAAUAAAACCUAUUUUAUAUGUUUUUUUUGUAGGACAAGUAUGAAGGAAUGUAUAAAUCAUAUUUUGUAAGACCAAUAAAAAAUGUUUCCAUCAAGAUAAUCAAGUGAGUUUUUAAUUGUUUUUUUUUUUUUUAAUAUAAAAACAAAUUUAUCACUGGUACAAUGUUAUAUAUAUAUAUGAUAUAAGUGAUAUAUAUGAUAUAUAUGUGAUAAGAGAAAUAUUUUACGUAAAGAAUUUUAUAAAUUAUUUCAUUGAAAAAUAAUGUAGUACAUUUUUUCUUCAUAUGGGUGUUCAUUUAACUUUUAUAACGAAAUAUACUCGCGCUAUAAUCUGUUAACAAUACAAUUUUUUUUUAUAUAUGUGUAUUAUUUAGCAAUGAUAAAGUAUUGCAAAACAGUAAAAUCGACAAUUUGGAUUCUGUUCAAAUUGAAGAUAUCCGAAAGUCGUCGGAAAUAAAAUCAAUAAGGAUACACUUAAACGAUGGAUCGUGUCAAGGUUUUAAAAAAAAAUAUAUAUAUAUAUAUAUAAAUUUAUAUAGACGUAUAUUAAUACGAUGUAUCAUUAAUUGUAUAAUAGAUGUUAGUGAAAUUAGAACAAUAGAAAUAAAAAAGAUCUGUUACGUUUGGUGCGAUAAUCAAGGAAAAUUUCAAAAACUUGUUGGUUUAGAUCGAGGUUUAACGACGGCGCAGCUACAUACGUUUAAAGGUUAUUCUACGCAAGAACAAUUCAUUAGGUAUGCACUUUCUUAAUUCUUACACAAACAAACAAAAAAAAAAAAUUUUUAAAUUAUAUUUUGUCUUAAAUCAAAAAUGUAUUCAAUUACAGAAAAGUUAUCUACGGACAAAACAAAAUCGAUGUACCCACUCAGAGUAUACUCACUCUGAUAUGCCUCGAAGUUCUUAAUCCUUUAUACAUUUUCCAAGUUUUUUCUCUGAUAGUAUGGUUUGCAGAAGGCUAUGUGUAUUAUUUGAUAGCAAUCGUGGUUAUGUCAGUUUUUGGAAUAACAUCCUCGGUUUUACAAACUCGUGAGGUACCUAAUAAAUUUUUGAACAAUAGUUUUAAUAAUACCAUAAUUUAUAAAUUUAAGUGUUGUAUUCAAGGACCAGUGAAUAUAUAAACAUUUAUGAGCAAAUUUAGAUUCUAACUUCUCAACCAAGACAUUUAAUUACAUACACGUAGUGUAUCCAAAAAGUACGCGAUCUUAUACAAUAAAUUUUUUAUUUCAAAUGAAUCAUAAAAAAUGAACGUUUUCCUCUUCAAAAUAUUCCCCGUUAAUUAGAAUGCAAUUAUCCCAUUUUCGUUCCCAUUACUAAAAAUAUCCCUCGAAUUUCUGAGAAGUUAUGAUUCUCAAUUACCUCGUUAUUUUGUGUUUGAUGGUGUCCACAUUGUCUCAGUGCCGCCUCCUCUUUUAAAUUUUGGAAAUAAAAUUAAGUCAGUGGGGGCUAUUUCUGGCGAGUAGGAAGGGUGGUAGAGCGUUGUUAUGAAGUUUCUCCAUUCGAUUCCGUCAAUGUACGGUUAAAUAUAAAGCAUUUUCUAUUGUGUAUUCAUGUUCUUGAAGAAAAUCUAUGUUUGAAAUUAUCACUAUAUAUUCUCGUAGAUUUUUUCACCAGUUACUUCGUAAUAAUUAUUAUUGACUAGAUGCACGUUUUUCAUUUUAGAAUCAAAAGACUUUAUUAGAGACGGUAAACACUUUAGAUAAAGUAACUGUGUGUCGAAAUAUGGGUGGACCUAAUUCUGAAGCCAUUUAUGAAGACAUUUCCACAACCGAGUUGGUACCGGGUGAUAUUAUAGUUAUACCGAAAACUGGAUUUGAAGUGCCAUGCGAUAUAGCUUUACUAUGUGGUACUUGUAUCGUUAACGAAAGCAUGCUUACAGGUAUAAUUUUAAAUGAUUUAAUAAUUUAUUAUACGAUUUUUCGAUAAAUUAAUUAGUAAAAUUAAUUUUUUUUUUUUUUUUUAGGUGAAAGUGUACCAGUCAUAAAAACUGCGUUACCAAGCAUAAAUCUUUUAUACAACGAACGUGAAGAUGCUAAUCAUACAUUGUUUUCUGGAACAAAAAUUCUUCAAGCGCGAUAUUUUUCUGAUAGAAAAGUACACGGAGUAGUAUUAAGAACGGGUUAUUUAACAGCUAAAGGAUCAUUAGUGAGAUCAAUACUAUAUCCUCCGCCAGCCGAUUUCAGAUUUGAUAAAGAUACAUAUCGUUUUAUUUGGAUUUUGGCUAGUGUUGCGAUUUGUGGUUCUAUUUAUACUGCAAUAGCAAAAGUAAGUAGACCACGUUUAAAUAAAUAUGGUUAUAUUAAAAUAUUUUAAUACACAGGCAUCUAGAGGAUUAACGGUAUUUGACAUUCUAGUCAAGUCUUUAGAUCUAUUUACAAUAUCGAUUCCUCCUGCAUUACCGGCUGCUAUGACGGUAGGCAAACUGUAUGCAUUGAGAAGACUUCAAAAACAUCAACUUUCGUGUAUGAAUACAAGAGUUAUAAAUGUCUGUGGGUCAAUAGACUGCAUAUGUUUUGAUAAAGUAAUGUUCCUCUUGAGCGUAAACCUUACAUUUGUAUUUAGUACGAAACAUUUUAAAUAUUUAUGUAUGUGCCGUUUAUGUACAGACCGGGACUUUAACAGAAGACGGUUUAGACAUGUGGGGCGUGGUGCCAGUCGAAAACAAUGAAGAACUUGGAGAGCCCGUCAGAGAUGUCACAACGUUGUCAAAUAAUCAUUCGUUAAAAUUGGGUAUGGUAACUUGUCAUUCAUUAACUUUGUUAAAUUCUACCAUUUCUGGGGACCCGCUUGACAUAAAAGUAGGUAUACUUACCUGGCUAGACCAUAAAACAUAUUCUAAAUUGUAUGUUUAAUGUAUUCGACAUUAAUAUUAAAUACAUAUUAUUCAGAUGUUUGAGUCUACGGGUUGGGAUCUCGAAGAAUUAGAAGUUUCUGACACUUCAAAGUUUGACGUUUUAGUACCCUCGAUCGUACGAAAUCCGUCAACUACAGAAAAUGAAAAAGCUAUGGAAAUCGGUCUUAUACAUCAAUUUCAUUUUUCUUCGUCGUUACAACGAAUGAGUAUGAUUACAAAAACCAUCGGUGACCCACGUUUUAUCGUUUACACAAAAGGAUCCCCGGAAAUGAUUCAGUCAUUAUGUAUUCCGAAUACCGGUAAGAAUAAAGUACAAUAAUUUUUCGGGGAGAAUAAUUUUAUCUAUAUUAUAUAAUUAAAAAAUUAUCAAAUAUUUUAUUAUGCUAAAACACAGUUCCAAACAUGACUAACACAAUAUUACGAGGUUACACGGAAGAAGGGUACAGAGUGAUUGCCCUUGCUCAUAAAGUACUUCAAGAUUGUAAUUUUGUUCAAAUUCCGAAAUUAAGACGAGAAGAGGUUGAAUGUGAUUUAACCUUUGCCGGCCUAGUCAUCUUGGAAAAUCGUCUAAAAGAUCAAACUACUCCUGUUAUUAAAGAACUCCAAGGAGCGGAUAUGAAAAUCAUUAUGGUAACAGGUAAAAAAAAAAAAGUUACAAUUCAAAAAUAUACACGUUUGAUAAUGCAUAAAAAAUAAUAAUUACAGGUGAUAAUAUUUUAACGGCCGUCAGUGUAGCUAAAGAAUGCGGAAUAGUUUUGCCGUCUACAACAGUAGUCGAUGUAUUAACUGAUGAAAGUCAGGAUUGCAAUCCAAAAAUAUUCUACACUGCUAGUGGCAUUACGUUGCCGAUGGUAUUUUUAUAUAAAAUUAAAACUUUUAAACAUUAUCCUGUAUACAUUAUUUAUCAAACAGAGAAUGAUGGUGGAAAACUAUGAUUCAAAUAAAAACGAUUUAGAAGCUCGAGUUAGCGGAGAAUAUAGAUUUGCGAUGACCGGCCGUACUUGGGAGAUCAUAAGAGAUAAAUUUCCAAUUCUUUUACCUAGGAUGCUCGUUAAGGGAGCUAUAUUCGCUAGAAUGACUUCUGAACAAAAACAACAAUUAAUUCAAGAACUACAACAUAUUGGUUAUCAUGUCGGUGAGAUAUAAGUUUUUUGUUAAUAAUUUUACGCAGUUAAUUUUACAUUUUACCAACAAAUAAAUUAUUUCAUUUUCAGCCAUGUGUGGUGACGGUGCAAAUGAUUGCGGAGCAUUACGAGCGGCUCAUGUUGGAGUUUCAUUAUCAGAAGCAGAAUCAUCUGUUGCUUCACCAUUUACAUCACACGUAGCAAAUAUUUCCUGUAUGCCUCGUAUUAUUCGCGAAGGCCGAGCAGCUCUUGUAACUUCAUUUGGAAUUUUUAAAUUUAUGGUCCUCUAUAGUUUGUUGGAGUUCACUUCAACAUUUAUUUUGUAUAGUAUUGAUAGCAACUUGACAGACUUUGAGUUUCUCUUUAUCGACAUUGGUUUAGUAGUGAACUUUAUGUUUUUUUUCGGUAGAAACGAAGCUUUCCAGGGGUCAUUAUUUAAAAAACCUCCAUUAACCAGAUUACUAUCGUUCAUUCCUCUGUUUUCGAUGAUCACAAACUUAGCUGUUCUAACAUUAACACAAAUUUUAUCUGUUUACUUGGUAAAACAAUUUCCUUGGUUUAAACCAUUUGAUUACACGCAUCCAAAAGAGUACUCAUCUUAUGAAAAUUAUGCAGUUUAUUCUGUUUCUCAAUUUCAGUACAUUAUAUUAGCUUUAAUAUUUUCUUACGGUAAACCAUAUCGGGAACCAAUUAAUAAGAAUAUGGUUUUUUUUUGUAGUUUAAUAAUUAUGACGGUUGUUUGUUUAUACAUAACAUUAUUUCCCACACAUUGGCUAAAAGAAUUACUUCAGUUGAAAUUUCCUCCGACGAUAGAAUUCCCAAUGAUUGUGGUCGCGUUGGCUUUAGCCAAUUGCGUUUUAUGUCUGGGCAUUGAAUAUUUUGUCGUUGAUUAUUUGUUAACGAAAAAAUUAAAAUUCGACUCUUAUGAAUCUAACAAUGAACUAAUUUAUCAAUCAGUAAAAGCCGAAUUAGAAUCGUCUCCAGGAUGGCCGCCUAUUUGUAAACACCAACCAAUGAUUUUAUCAUCGUCCUUAGAAUGUAUGCGCAAGACUGAAAUUGAUACGGAACAUUUUGAACGACAAGAACGUGUUAAGACAACGGUAACUAAAUUAUGAUUUUUGAUGGCGCAAUAGGUUUGAUGAUACAAACGAAAUAUUAGUGCUUGCAGCAUGUUUAUUAAUGAGACGAUUUUGUCAAUUUAGAUACAAACCUAUGCAUAAUACUUGUAAACCUAUUUAUACUAUUGCUGAAUUGUUUUCUCAUAAACAUUUUAAGCAAGUCGUUGUUAUACCUGUUCAAUUUUAUGAACUAUAUAAGAGUAAUUAUUUCAAUUACCUAUAUUAUUAAAUACUUUAUAAAUAAAUCUAAUAAAUAUUUUGUAUAUAUAGUACCUAUAAGGUUCUAUAUCAAACAGCCCUGAAAUUUUCUAAGAAAAUAUACGGAAAUGGAAAACUACAUUAAAUUAAUACAAAAUCUCUAUACUUAAACAUUUUAUGCUGAAUUGUUGGAUUACCUAUUGUUAUUAAUUUAUUACCAACAUUAUUUAAAUCUUAAUUUGUUAAAAACAAAAGAAAGUGAGUAAAACCAAAUGGUAUUUGGUGUCUAGGAAACGUCUAACUGUCUAGGAAAAGUAUAAUUAAAAAUUAUUAAAUUUUCAUAAAAAUUAAACAAGUAUAAAUACAUAAAACCAUAAACCUAUAUAAAAUAUUAACAUUAUUAUACAUUUAUAUAUACAAACUAUAAUAGAAUAAUUAUAUUAAUAUGUUAAUAAUUUGCGCACAAGAACAAUGUUCAUAUUUAACAGUUUAUUGAAUUAUAAACAUUCAAUCAAAUGAGUAAAAUAAAUCAUUUAAAACAAAUACCUAGGUAAGUAUUCAUAUAUAUUUAUAUAAAGGAAUAUUUUAUUUUAUUAGAUAUGAUUUAUUACGCAAAUUAUAGUGUCAACGUUUAUGUAUGAAUGAUAACUUUUUAUUUAAACAUAAAUCAAAUAAUAAUAUUUAGCGGCUUAUUAGAGCUUAUAUGCGCCUAUUAAAAAGAAGUGAUACUACUAAAACAACAUAAAUUUUAUUUAUUUGUUUUAAUCAACUUAAUUAUUAUUUAUUAGUACAUAACAUAUAGCAUAACAGUGGCUUCGAUAGUUGAUAAAAUAAGGGAAAAUCACAAGAGAAAAGAGGGAAAGAGGAAAACCGAAAAAAAAAUGGUUGGACGCAGUUGAUAAUUUGCACGUAACUAAGAUUACACAAUUAGGGUGGCCUAAUUAUAGUCAACAUUUACUUCUCCUCCCACCACUAGGCACUAAUUUAAUAUAUAAGUAUGUUUAUAUUGUUUAUAAUACAAUUUUAGAUUCUUGGUUGAACAAUGAUGCUAUUUUGUUUAAUUUUUUUAUUCAAUUAUUUGAGCCUAGAGUAUUUUAAUAAUAUAAUGGAGUGGCUUGUAAAUAUUUUGGAUUGCCGGGCCACCCCAGCCCCCCUCUUUAGUUACGCGCCUGGUUGAGAAUGGUAUGACGAUGGAAGGUGUAUGCGAGGGCGAUAUGAAGGAAUCGGAUCAAGUGGAAGUUUAGGACGAGGGUGAAUGACCACAAAUUUAAUAGUACCCCAAAUAGUAACAUUAAUUAAUAAAAUAGGUAAUUUAUUAUUAUUUUAACUGAACUAAUUAUUUAUGCAUUUCGGAAUAAUACAUUACGCCGAUUGAUUAUCUUAAUUUCCUACAUCGCCACAAUUAUUGAAAAUUGCAGCGUUUCUCAAAUCUCGUAUAUAUCUCAUAAUAUAAUAUUUUCUGAUUAAUAUUAUACAUUAUUUCCCAUGCAUCGCAUUGACAAUUUGUGAUUCAUCGAGAGGAAAAUCCAUGAACUAUGGGUUAAACACCAAAGUUUUAGUCUAUAUAUAAUACUUUAAAAAAAAUAUACAACUAAUAGAUAACUGGCUGCAAAAUGAACCAAAUUUAAAACUUCAAAUGUUUGUAUAUCUUUAAUCUAGUUGCUUGUAUUUGUAUUUUAUUAAACUGUAUUAUACAUUAAGUCUCCAUAUAAUCAUUAUUGUUACCUACAUUGUAUAUGUUUAAGUUAGUUUUAUAAGUCCAAAAUUGUAAAAAAAAAAAAGUUAAAUUUAAAUUAUUAUUUAAACAUAACAUUUUUCUUAUUAUAAAUUGUGAACUCAUGGGCCCCAUACGAACCUGUUCAGUGGGGCCUAUUAUCUUUUCGAAAAAAUAAACAAUAACAAUAAUAUCAA